ACGUCUCCAAAUCUGACGACGUGCAUCUCGCCGGUGUCAUAUUAUAUUAAAUUUGUUUUGUGCCACCAUAAUAUAUCAACUAAUUUAGUUUCUAAGAUAUUCUAGUAGUAGUAUAAUAUUUUUAAUCGGCUAAGUAAGAGGACAUAAAAAAGUGUGUUUAAAGUUUAUUUUCUUCUUCUUUCAUUUGAAUUUGUUCCGGGCUUGAGUAAGAAAUUCCAAUCGUAACCGCAGCAAAAUGAACAUCGAAUCGGAGAAAGAGCAAUUUCUGAAGGAAUUUGGAAGCUAUUAUGGUUAUGCAAAUUCCCCCAAAAACAUUGAUGAAAUUAGAGCUACUGAAUUUAAGCGCUUAAACGAUACGGUAUACUUGGAUCAUGCUGGGGCGACUCUCUAUUCCGAGUCUCAAAUGGAAGCUGUGUUUAAGGACCUCAAUUCUAAUCUUUAUGGAAAUCCUCAUAGCCAGAGCACUUGUAGUUUGGCUACCGAGGACAUUGUUGGGAAAGCACGCCAACAGGUCCUUAGUUUCUUCAAUGCAUCACCAAGAGAAUAUAGCUGUAUAUUCACUUCUGGGGCAACAGCUGCACUAAAGCUUGUCGGUGAGACAUUCCCAUGGAGCAGUAACAGCAGUUUUAUGUACUCAAUGGAGAAUCAUAACAGCGUCCUUGGGAUUAGGGAAUAUGCUCUCAGUAAAGGAGCUGCUGCUUUUGCAGUUGACAUUGAAGAUACACAUGUUGGUGAGUCAGAAAGCCCACAGUCUAACUUAAAACUAACACAGCACCACAUUCAGAGAAGAAAUGAAGGUGGCGUCCUGAAAGAAGGGAUGACAGGUAACACAUACAACUUGUUUGCAUUCCCAUCAGAAUGCAAUUUUUCAGGUCGAAAAUUCGACCCUAACCUGAUUAAGAUUAUCAAAGAAGAGUCUGAAAGAAUCUUAGAAAGCUCUCAGUAUUCCAGAGGUUGCUGGUUAGUUCUGAUAGAUGCUGCUAAAGGAUGUGCUACCAAUCCACCAAAUUUAUCAAAGUUUAAAGCAGACUUUGUUGUGUUCUCGUUCUACAAGUUAUUUGGCUAUCCAACUGGCCUUGGAGCACUCAUUGUUCGAAAGGAUGCUGCUAAGCUGAUGAAGAAGACCUACUUUAGUGGAGGCACGGUGACUGCAGCUAUUGCUGACGUUGACUUUUUCAAAAGAAGAGAAGGUGUAGAGGAAUUUUUUGAGGAUGGAACCAUUUCAUUCUUGAGCAUAACAGCAAUUCAACAUGGGUUCAAAAUAAUUAAUAUGCUAACAACAUCUUCGAUUUUCUGGCAUACAACAUCAAUUGCAGCAUAUGUGAGGAAUAAGCUUUUGGCACUGAAGCAUGAAAAUGGAGAAUUUGUUUGCACGCUGUACGGGUUAUUAUCUAGUGAGAUGGGUCCCACAGUUUCAUUCAACAUGAAAAGACCGGAUGGAACAUGGUAUGGAUAUCGUGAGGUGGAAAAAUUGGCAACCCUGGCAGGAAUUCAACUGCGGACAGGAUGUUUUUGCAAUCCUGGUGCUUGUGCUAAAUAUCUUGGUUUGUCACACUUGGAUCUUCUUUCAAAUAUUGAGGCUGGGCAUGUGUGCUGGGAUGAUCGUGACAUUUUACAUGGAAAACCAACUGGAGCAGUCAGAGUAUCUUUUGGUUACAUGUCAACAUUCGAAGAUGCCAUGAAAUUCGUCAACUUCGUGGAAACUAAUUUUGUGAUAUCAUCUUCUAAUCGGUGUGCAUUGCAGCCAAGGUCCAUCUCUCUGCCAAUUGAAGGGAUUGCAGAAGCUGCUGCACGGCAUUUCCUCACAUCUAUUACUGUCUAUCCAAUAAAGUCUUGUGCGGGAUUUAGUGUGGAUCAGUGGCCUCUAACAUCUACUGGGUUAUUGCAUGAUCGUGAAUGGAUUCUCAAGAGCACAACCGGUGAAAUUCUUACCCAAAAGAAGGUUCCAGAGAUGUGCUAUAUCUCCACGCUGAUUGAUCUCAAUUUGGGGAAACUGUUUGUAGAGUCACCUCGUUGCAAGGAGAAAUUGCAGAUUGAACUCAAAUUCAGCUCACUUGUCACUGAAAGAGAUGAAAUGGAUAUCCAAAAUCAUAGAUAUGAAGUCACAAGUUACAACAAUGAGGUUGAUAUCUGGUUCAGCAGGGCGAUUGAUCGACCUUGCACUCUACUAAGGAAUUCCGGUUCCCAGAGUCACUCCUGCAUAAAUAAGAAAGGGAGUUCUGGCAUGUGCAGGGAUGUUGGUGCUAGAUUGAAUUUUGUUAAUGAAGCCCAAUUUCUGCUGAUAUCUGAAGAAAGCAUAGCGGACCUCAACUCUAGGCUGAAAUCUAAUGGGCGAAGGAGAAAUGGUGGACAAGCAGUACAAGUUGGUGUAAUGAGAUUUCGACCCAAUCUUGUAGCAUCUGGUGGUGAACCAUAUGCAGAAGAUGGAUGGAGCAAUAUAAAUAUUGGAGGCAAAUAUUUUAUGUCAUUGGGUGGUUGCAAUCGUUGCCAGAUGAUCAAUAUAAAUCCAGAGGCUGGGGAGGUGCAGAGGUUUACUGAACCUUUGGCAACUUUAGCAGGUUACAGGAGAGCAAAGGGGAAAAUAAUGUUUGGCAUACUGCUAAGAUAUGAGAAUAAUACGAAAACCGAGUCAGAUACAUGGAUUCGUGUGGGAGAAGAAAUAGUUCCAAAUGGAGAUAGGCAUUGAUUGUUUUUCGUGGAAGUCCCUAUUUGAGACUUGUAAGUAGUCACAACAGAGGUGAUACAAGUGUUCAAUGUUGUGAAGCAGCGCAAGAAAUACUUGCUCUGGCCAGGUCAAUACAUCAAACUGUACUUUGUUGCUGUUCUCUAUAUGCAAAAGAGUAUAUUCUUCUAAAAGAACUCGUUAAGAUCUUCAUUCUUUGUAACCAGUACAAUAUAAGCUAAUAAAUACCCAAUUGUAAUAUUUAGUUCUUUGGGGCUGCGUAUAGUUUUAUGUGUAAGUUUUUAGUUUGUGUAGUGACUCGGUGUGCAAGUGCAACCCAUGGAUGUUGUAAUUUGCCAAUAUUGGCUAAUGUAUCAAUAACUUUCACAUCCGCUAUAUCUCAUGGCAUUCCUUGAUAUAUGAAUGACGCAAAAAUCCUCAGGACUUCGCCUUGA